CUAAAGCAAAAGAAAGCCCGCCGUAUCCUUCGUACGUUUGCAGUCGUCUGGAGUUUCAUUGUUCAUAAAGUACGUAUCGUAAUUACAAUAUAACUGCAGUAAGACGUUAACAAAAGUAGUUCCAAAAAAGAUCCAUAUACAUUAAUGUUACUGUUCAUCGAAUUUAUUUUAUUGCUUUAAGUAAAAUGAGCAAGAACAAGGAAUCAUCUACUACAGAGACUGAGGGAGGAGAAGAAUUCAGCGUUGAAAAAGUUUUGGAUAGAAGAGUGGUAAAAGGAAAGGUUGAAUAUUUCUUAAAAUGGAAAGGGUAUUCCAAUGAAGAAAAUACAUGGGAACCAGAAGAAAAUUUGGAUUGUCCAGAUUUAAUUGCACAAUUCGAAGAACAGCGUAAAAAGAAAGAAGCUGCAGCAGCUGGUAAGCGACAUGACGAUAAAGAACAAAAAAAACGAAAGAGCACACCUAUACCUACGAACACUAAAAAGAGAUUAACAGAAGAAAAAAAACCUGAAGGCUUUGACAGAAAUUUAGAACCAGAAAGAAUUAUCGGUGCAACAGAUUCAAGUGGAGAACUUAUGUUUUUAAUGAAAUGGAAGGGAACGGAUGAUGCAGACUUAGUCCCUGCUAGAAUUGCUAAUGAAAAGUGUCCACAAAUUGUAAUAAAGUUUUAUGAAGAGCGACUAACAUGGCACAGUCCUACUCAUGACGAAGAAAGUUCAACAAAAGCUGAUCCAGAGUAGCGUCCAGCCUUCCGGUACACAUACACAGCACGCUUUAGAAUAUGCCACAUAUAAUAAAACAACUAGCGUGUACAAAAUGAAAGUUCAAAAGUUUAUUGCACAGUAACAAUCUGGACUUCAAUGUUUUUUACAAUUAAAAAAUAGACAAGUUUUGUCACAUACCUGUGUCGCUGUUAGUAAAAAAAAAUAGUUAUUCUUACAAUGUACUUUCUUUCAAUUGUGCACUUGCAACUUCUUUAGCAACUGUUAAUAUUGUAUAUCAUUGAAUUAAAUAUGUUUUUAAUAAUUCUAAUAACUGUCAAUUGUAAAAAAAGAACUGAACUUCAAUUUUGACUUAGAUUCUAAUACAACAGUUUUCUCUUCAGUUAAUGACGGUUAAUUCUUAAUUUGUAUACGUUUAAUGGCAAAGCAUUUAAUCUAUACUAAUUCUUUCAGUUGCCAAAGAAAUUGAAAACUUUGAUUUUAUUUAAAUACAACAUGACAAUGUACAAUACGUACAGGUAUUUGAAUGGAAAUAGUUAAUAUUCCUUGAAAAUUUAAAAGUCUUCAGUGAUAAAUGUAAUUGUAUAAGUAUCAGCUUUUAUGUAAGAAAAAAUUGGUGUAAUGACAACAGAAUACAAUAAGGUUGAAAUAAAAUUUUCAUUUUAUAAAUUAG